AUGUUAUUUGCAUUUAAUUUAUUUAAAUACAAUAUUGCUAAAUCACUGUACUACUUAAAAACUCCUACUCAACCUAUCAUUGUUUACUAUUAUUGCCAAAAAUUCUGUACUCUCUUUACUUUUAAUAAUUUUAAUAUUCUAUCUAGACAAGCAAUCUUUUUUUCCUCUUUUCAAAAAUUUAUAUAUAUGGAUAUUGAUAUUACAUCUAAACAAGUUAGACAACUUAAAGAAAUUAUUUCUCAAUCACCAAUUUCAAAAACAACUACUGUUUCUCUAUUAACAUUUCUUUUAAGCUAUUCUAUAACUCAACAAGAAACUUCAUCUAGUUUGACACAAACUCCUAAAAUCUAA